UGAAAACUUAAAAAAUGAUUUCAACUAGCAGAGCAGAGUGAGUGAAUGACAUCCGGCUGGAAGUUAAAAUCAGAAGCACAGUGGCGGCUUCUUUGAAAGUAAACCAGUCACUAAUACCUUCUCUCUCUGUGGAAACUUACUCACUAAGAAUGACCUGGUCAACUUAUACCCAUAUCAUUUAUCCCUUCCCAUUCAUUCUACCAAAAUCAAGAACUCGAAGCUUAUCAUCUUGAAAUUGUUCCAUUCAUUCUUUAAUUUGAAGAAUUAUUUUUCUUCGUUUUUGUAUAUUUCAUUUCUUGAUCGAGAUGAGUUUUCUGAGACCAUCUGCAUUAUAUCAAUUUCUUUUAACUUUCCUUUCUUUAAGAUGGAUGCCAUGCCAAAGCUGGGGUUUUCUUCGAUGGCCUGGUCUUGAUGGGUUCUUGAGGCUUCUGGUUUUGGUGCUUUUAUGGUCUAUGUGUUCAGAAAUUCGUUUCAUUCCCUCGUCUUCCAUGUAUCCUACUCUUCGCGUUGGUGAUCGGGUCAUUGUUGAAAAGGCCUCGUACUAUAUCCGAGCUCCGGCUAUAAAUGAUAUUGUCAUAUUUCGAGCUCCGGAAAAGGCUGGAAUUAGAGAGGAUGAUGUUUUCAUUAAGAGAAUUGUUGCAAAAGCUGGAGACUUGGUUCAGGUUCAUCAUGGAUCACUUUAUGUCAAUGGAAAAGCUCAGCGUGAAGAUUUCAUAGCAGCACGACCAACAUACACAUCAAACUUAAUUUAUGUGCCUAAAGAUCAUGUUUAUGUCUUGGGCGACAACCGCAACAACAGCUAUGACUCGCAUGAUUGGGGACCACUUCCUGUAAAGAAUAUCAUUGGAAGAUUGGUCAAGUGUUACCACAGACCUCCAAACAGAUGACUCCCAUGGCCUUAUGAGGUACAGAGACACACAAACUCUCUCAGGACUUGACUAUCAUUAGCACAUUUCUUGUUAACAGUUUGAGCUUAAGGAAGUUUCAUGCAGAAUUGCAGUCUCUGAGACAUUAUAUAUACAUUGAUAACUUAAUUGAUUGAUUGAUUAUUUCUUUUCUUGAGUGAUUCAAA